GGCAGGAGUUUGUUUGAUGAAUAGAUUAAACGUAUGCAGUUAAAACAUAUUCAAUGCUAUCAAUCACCUGACAUUUUUAUAUUGUGGGUUAGGCGUCCAUUACUGUAAUUUUGUCUCAGCUGCGUUAAAGUUAUGAAACUGAAUUGUCAUAUUUACAAAAGUGUGACACCUUAACAAUAGACUUUCGCAUGGAUAGCACGACCACUUGUGUAUGACGCUUUGAUUUUUUUUUUCGACUUACACUUCAGUUAUUGGACAUUUUCCGUGUACAUUGAUCACUUCAGAAAAUACAGUUAAAAUGAAUCAGAGAAUUAUCGCGUUUUGUUUGAUAAUAAAAUUCAUUUACGCAAACGAUGGUGAACAUGUUGGCAACACCAUAAUCAACGUUAAUGGAUGUUGUAGCCAACACACAACCGAUGGAGAGUUAAUUGAACAAAAUAAAAAAUUGUUUGAAAAUAUUUCGACGGUAAUGAAUGAUUUUGAACAAAGACUGGAAACAAUUUUGGGAACAUUAGAUGGUGGGUCGAGGAUUCGCGAUUGUCAAGACGUGCAACGCUUAGGAUAUGACACAACCGGUAUUUAUACGAUAUACCCUGAUGGAACAAUAGGAUUUCCAGUGAGAUGCGAUAUGGAUGGUGGUUGGACUGUAAUACACAGAAGGGUGUCUGAAAGUGACUUUUAUAAGUCUUGGAACGAUUAUCAGACCGGAUUUGGAAAUUUAAGCAAUAAUUUCUGGCUAGGAAAUCAACAAAUACAUACAAUUACCACAAGGGGAUGGUAUCAAUUGCGUGUUGAUCUUGAAACGGUUAGCGGUAUUGUUGCAUAUGCAGAAUAUAACGUUUUCUCCGUCGGGAAUGUUGACUCUAUGUAUAAACUCUCCGUGGACGGUUAUAGUGGUAAUGCAGGUGACAGUCUUGCAAAUUUCCACAACGGGAAGAAAUUUUCUACCAAGGAUAGGGACAACGAUGAGUACAGUGGAAGCUGUGCAAAUGAACCACCUGGCGCCUGGUGGUUUGGAGCUUGUGAUCAGUCUAAUCUGAACAGAAACUAUGAUGACAUGGAAUGGGAAUCGUUCACGGCAAAAGACGAUCCUUUGCGUUUUACAGAAAUGAAGAUCCGACGCUGGCAACCGACUGCCGAAAAUUAGUUUUCUUUUUAAUACUAGUACGUAGUGCCAUCAUUGCAUUGAUCUUUCCACAGACAAAAUCUUAGUUACUUAAUUCAUAUAAAUCAAAACGAUCAUUACAUUAUUAUUACUAUUAUAAUAGUACAUGUCGAUUUGUGGGAAUAUGGGCCGCAGUGUGAAAAAUAUUGAGAAAUAUAGAGACCUAUAUCACAUUGCAGAUUGAAGUCUGUGUAAAAUGACAUUGACGCCAGUUAAAAAUGUUAUUUGUUGAUUACCUUAAAUAAAAACAUUCCUUAUCUUUACGUCCUCGGUAGAAUGAACCCAGCUGUAGAGGUAUUGUAAUAGAUAUAUGUAUAUGUGCUCAUAUGUAUUCUAUCUAUUUGAUUACAAUUCUUUCUACAUUAAGUACAGAAAUGAUUGAAUUUACAACCCGUGUUCCUAACUCAUUUUGCACCAGAAAACGGUCCUGCCAGUACAUUAUUCGAUUGAAUAAAUUGAAUUAUAUAUUUUGCCUAAUAUAGGCUUUACAGACAGUAGGAUACGUUGUGGUGUUGAAGAAUAGGGAACACAUCUUUAGAGAAUCUCUAUUAUGUUUCUAUUCUGUAUUAAGAUUACUUCAUGGAGCCGGUAGAUGGAUUCCUGGUUUGGAUUUUUUAAGGUUUAGAAGGACCUAACCUCUUAUUGUUAUGUGGAACUAUGUCUAGGGAGCUAAAACUUACCUUAUAGAAUCGGUUCAUAUAAAUCCACAUUGCUUUGGCAAUUAAAACGCUAAAAUGUAAAAUGAAAUCAUGUCGGUAGACAGAUUUUAAAAUCUAUGAUUAUUGUAUGAUAACUGAUAUCAAACACCAUUUCUAAUUAUUCAAACUUUAAUAUUCUUUUUUUAUGAAAGGUAAUCUUAAAGCUUUUAAUUGGCCUCAGUCAGUGUACCGUAUAUUGCGUAAUUUUCGCGAUUUGUUGGCUAGCAGUCUUAUACUCGCAAAACUUUACUGUUUUGUGUUGCAUCACAUGAUGCAGUUAAAUAUUCACUAAUAUUUUUAAUUCACGAGUGGCAUUCUUCACGAAGUUAAGAGAAAAUAAAACCGAAGUGAAAAUUUCUCAGUUUACUGUUUUAUUAAGGAAGGAUGAAAAGUGCUUUAUUAGUUUUGUGGAAAUAAUCCAUUUUAACAUUUGCUAUUGUUGUUGUACAGUUAUCUCUCUUGGGAAAAUGCUUGUGUAGUGUUAUUUAUUUCAAUAAUAUUAUUAUCAUAUUAUAUUGAUAAGUACAAUGUACAUGCAUCUGUAUUCACAUCUGUAACCUGCACGGUAAUUGCGCAUUUAAUAAAAACGAAACAUUCAUAUAUAUGUUUCAGUGAGUUUAAAAAAGUAGAAGUCGUUACAAACGUUUUAGAAACUAUUUGUCUUAUGAAGAAUAAUGUCAAAAUAUCGAAGGGGACGUUAGAGAUUAUCAUUUAGUAUGACGCGUUUAGUAUAAUUUAGUAUAAUUUACUGUUAGGAUUUGUUUCUAAAGGCAGAAAAUCCCAAGUUUAAUUCUUGAGUCUUUAAAUAGACGCAUGUAUACUUCAGUGGAUGAACUGGUUUGGAAUUAGUCCACGUCCUAUUGUCAUUAAUGGAGUUUAUCUUGGUUCUUUUGGUUUCUUCUAAUACAUCUUGUACAAUAGGGUUCGAUCUGGGAUGUUGUAUUCGACUCGGGUGAAUUUUGCCUGAGAGUGUUAUCCGACCUUGCAAAAUCAAUGAAAAUAGAACUGAGUGAAAUUUUUAUGUGCGCUAUUGAUAGAACUGUGUCAGGUCAUGCAUAAUAAAUGAAAGUAGUCUGGCAAAAUACAAUAAAAAAAGGUGCAAUAUGGAUUUUUUUUCUGCCUAUUCAUAUUUACCUAAAUACAUGCCGCAUUUUGACAGAAUUUAUACAGAAAUAUAAUAAAUAUGUUUAUGACGA